UCUUUUUACGAUACAUUAGAUAUAUAAAAUAUCUCAUAACAUUGAUAUCUGGCGGUCUUAUUUGAUCAGGUCAACUUUAACAAAAUGUUAUUUUUCAUGUUGCUAAUUGCUGCAACGCAAAUUCUUAUCAUCGCAAAUGAACAAAAUUUGGUAGAUGCAGUGGAGAUAGAUAACAGUCCAAUGGCUUAUGGGCAAUUCAGUGGAAAAGAAGAUGAAGUUACAUCCCAUCCAAUCUGUAACUGCAAUGAGCAAUUCGAUGAAUGCAUGGAGACUUGCGAUACAAUAGAAAUUUACGAUCCUGUUUGUGGUACGGACGGAGUUACUUAUGAUAAUUCAGGACUUCUAGCAUGCGCGCAAUGUUGUAGGAAAGAUGUAACAAUGGAACAUCCUGGAAUGUGUACAAAAAGUUCAUCUGAAUAA